CCCGAAACUAUUCAUGAUAUUAUUUUAACGAUCAAAAAUGGUUCUAUCAUUUAAUACUUUCUCACUCAUUCUUCUACAAAUAGAGGCUAAAUAACUCAAAAAGAAAACACACUCAUCUCCUAAAUUCCUUACAUAAUAUUUUCUUAAGAUAAGCAAAAAAAUCAUGGCAGAAGCGUCUAGUUUGGUGGGGAAACUUGAGACAGAAGUGGAGAUCAAAGCUUCGGCCAAAAAGUUCCAUCACAUGUUUACCGAGAGACCACACCAUGUCUCCAAAGCAACUCCAGAUAAAAUUCAUGGAUGUGAGCUGCACGAAGGCGACUGGGGCAAAGUCGGCUCUAUCGUCAUCUGGAAAUACGUUCAUGAUGGAAAGUUAACAGUGGGGAAGAAUAAGAUCGAGGCGGUGGAUCCGGAGAAGAACCUGAUCACGUUCAAGGUUUUAGAAGGUGAUCUGAUGAAUGAGUACAAGAGCUUCGCAUUUACACUCCAAGUGACCCCUAAGCAAGGGGAGUCAGGGAGUAUUGCGCACUGGCACCUGGAGUAUGAGAAAAUUAGCGAGGAGGUAGCUCAUCCCGAAACCCUUCUCCAAUUCUGUGUCGAGAUCUCCAAAGAGAUCGACGAACAUCUCUUGGCCGAGGAAUAGAAAAAUACUCCUCGUCUGUGUGUGGGUCUUUGAAACUUAAGCAAGUCUUUGAAACUGCAAUAAAUAAUGAACGGGUCCGUCUUUAUGUAAGAGAAAAGAGAUAUAUAUAUAUGUGUUGGUGUGUGUAAUGCGUGUAUGCCUACUACUACGGUUGAGUUAUGUUGGAAUAGUAAAAGCAUAUAAUCUAUUUUGGUUCAAGUGUUUGACUCGUAGUGAACUUGAGAAAAACUCUUUGUUCAAAGGCUAUACAAACUAUAAAAACUAGCGAUCCAAAGUUUUAUUUUUCUAUUUUUGGUUCAAAUACUAUUUUGUGCUGACAUUUUUCCGACAACCAUAUCUCGAUCUUAUAUUGUAUUUUCAUCUAUUACCGCUUUUUAUUAUUAUUAAUUUG